AUGUCCGGCCAGGUUUCAACGGUCAGCCUUCGGUCCCCCGGCAUGAUUUGCAAACGACACCUGGCAUCGACCAUGAAGACCACCCGGAAGAGCACCCCGAAGGUCCGCACCGGCUGCAUCACCUGCAAAACCCGCCGUAUCAAAUGCGACGAAGCCAAACCGAGCUGUCUCCGAUGUACCCGAUCGAACCGCACUUGCGGGGGUUACCCUUCAAUCCCCCCUUCAUCCCCUUCAUCCCCUUCUUCACCCCCUGCCGAAGCCACCACCGUCGAGAAAAUCACCGCGUAUAAUAUCCCCUUCAAGAUCCCCGGCAGUCGGGUGGACCGCCAACUACUCCACUUCUACUGUAUCCAGGCAGCAUCGGGUCUCUCCAGCUACUCCGAUCCAAACCUCUGGAACCGACUCAUUCUGCAGAGAUGUCACCAUCAGCCGGUGAUUCGCAACGCCCUCGUCACGUUAAGCGCGCUGUAUCAGGAUCACCUGACCAAUACCCACGCGGAGGCGGGGAGCGCCCGUCCCUCGCUUCAGAGCCUGCGACUCAUCGCCAGAUCCCAUCGACAGCUCCGGGCCCAUCUCUCCUCGCCGGAUGCAUCCACAGAAGUGGCGUUGAUUUGCAGCAUAAUCUUCUAUGCCUUUGAGGCUCUAAUAGGCAAUGCUAUACAGGCCAUCAAACAUCUGGAUCAAGGGUUGAUCCUGCUGCAAAGAUGCCGGGCCACGGCUCCCGUAAUCCCGGCCACGGAUGACAUUCUCCCACACCUGACCUUGUUGUUCUCCAGUCUGGACGUCCAGGCCAGCACAUACAACGAUGGUCGUCUUCCUGUAUUGAAGUUGCUCUCUCCAUCAGAAACAUGCGGUCUAGUCCCGGUCGUUCCAGACCUCUUCUGCUCCCUGACGGAUGCAGAAACGGCACUCAUCAAGCUACAAAACUGGAUGUUCCACCAUCUGGUGUCUGCCCUCCCCUAUAAGCAUGAAGCACCAAAAGGGAUCCGUGCUGAUAUUCUGCACGAACGACAUACAUUAUACGACCAAUUGACAAUGUACCUAGAUGUUAUCAGCACUUCUUUAACAAGCCACACCCAUCCGAGAAUCUCUAAUCGGUUGCUUCUCCUUCGUCUGCAAGCUCGAAUGUUCCACACGAUACUGGAGGAGAACAUUCCAAUCAUGAGUUCCAAAGACAGUAACCCCUUGCAGCAAUCACUGGAGGACUUGUCCACCCUUCUUACAAUGUCAUCUUCGAUUCAACCUGUUGUGGAAGGGGCCAUUUCAGAUAAAAGGUCAUUUACACUGAGUACGCACCUCAUCGCGGCACUCUAUUAUGUCUGCAUGAAAAGCGACAAUCCCAACACGGUGGACCUGGCCCUAACAUUGCUCCGACAUGAAAAGCUGCCCAGCCGGGAUGGGCUCUGGGACGCGAAGACAGUGGAAGCGGUAGUGCACGGAAUAAGACAUGCCAGCAAGACGAACGAAAAACUUCCAAGCGAAGGGGGUGCGACAGGCACAACCAGGGAGGAUCGGUUAGAAUACGCCGGUGCAGAGUUUGUAGACGCAGCGGGGGAAGGGGGAUUGUAUGAGAUGCUGAAUGUGUUGCGAAAAGAUGUCGCCUAUCUACCUAAGCAGUGA